CUAAUUUAGGCCCGGAAUUUAGGAGUCAAACUUUAAUAACUCUACAAGAAUUUGGCUGAGUUUCAUGUAGGUGCACUUCUUUUGCCUGAACUUCUGAAGAUUAACUUGACUUGAAGUCUACCUGUCACCGUCCCUGAGCUGAACUGAGUCGCGUCUGUCCCGGGGUCUGGCCGGCCGGCUAGCGGCUCAACAUGCUGAACGUGCUUGCAGAGAGGAGUUGGGGAAACGUUCGGCCCUCUCAGGUGUAUUGCGCCGAAGCUACCCGACGGACAUUCCGGUUGCAGCUGAGCAAGCACCGCGAUGUUCAACGCAUUCAUGCCAGCGGAAUCAAUUCACUGGACAUAGAUCCUGUUGAGUUCAAAUUCAUGCUGUCAGGAGGGGCUGAUGGAGUGAUUGCAAUCUAUGACCUUGAAUCUAUCCCAGAAGUCAAAGAGUUUACUUGUGAAGCAGUGUGUACUGUUGGCAGAUCCAAUCGACAUGUUCACAAACACAGCGUGGAGACAGUCCAGUGGUAUCCCAGAGAUACUGGGAUGUUUACAUCAAGUUCCAUGGAUACUACCCUUAAGAUCUGGGACACCAAUGCUUUGAAGCCCGCCGAGCGCUUCGUCCUGGGCAAGGGAAUCUACAGCCACCAUAUGUCACCCGUGGCUAACAAACAUUGCCUGAUAGCUGUUGGAACAAUAGAUGCUCAUGCCACACUCUGUGACCUGAAGUCAGGGUCAUCAACGCACAUUCUGAAGGGUCACAAGGCUUCGGUAGUGUGUGUCCAAUGGUCUACAAAAGAUGAGUUCUUGUUGGCAACGGGCAGCCGGGACAAUAAGAUUCUAUUGUGGGAUAUCCGGCAAGCCAAAGGGAGUCUGAUGUCCCUUGAUCAGCAUAAUGGUGAAGUGGUCAAAGGAUCCUCCGCAGUUAGUACGGCACAUAGCGGUCACGUAAAUGGACUUUGCUUCACAGAGAAUGGUCUCCACUUAGUCAGUUGUGGCACGGAUGAUAGGGUUAAACUCUGGAAUACUAUGAAUGGCAAAAACACUCUGAUCAAUUACGGAAAAGUUACUAAUAGCAUGCGUAAAUGCAUUGAGAUCUGCACAUCAUCCAGCGUCCAUCCCAACGUGGUGUUUAUCCCAAGUGGGAGUGAUAUCAAUAUGUUUGAUGUAUUCAGCGGGGAGACGGUUAUCACCAUGAAGGGCCAUUACAACAAUGUCAACUGCUGUGUUUUUCAUCCUCUCUACCAGGAGGUUUACAGUGGAGGAAAUGACAGUAACAUCCUCAUCUGGGAGCCUGAUAUGGGUCAUAUUCACUUUGAAGAACCACCGCCAAAGAAACAAACCGAUGAAUCUAAAAGGAAGAAGUUCUCUAGUAGUGAGAUCAAUGCCACCGCAGACACCUGGAGCAGCAGUGAUGAAGGAGACUGAAGGUCGGGAUGAAAAAAAGAUGUACCCGCAGAUGCUGUCCAGCUACAGAUCGGCAUCGGACGCAAUGAAGGAUCUUGUCUUCCUGAUGGUCAUCUUUAUUGAUGUUGGAAGUAAAUCAUGUUUGAAGGUGAGGUGAAGGUGCGAUUACUGCAUUCCAGCAACGGACAAGCUUCAGCUAAGAAGUAGAUUUUCAUCUUCGUGCUGAAAGUCACCUUGAAGAAGGAGAGAUUAUGAUCUGUAUAGGUAAAUCAUGAUUGGAAAUAGCAGAAGGUGCGCCUACAGCUGUCCAGCCAAGAAUCAGGUCUUCUUCGUCUUGGCUAAAGGUCGCCUUCAUACAUUGUAGAUAUUAAUCUUGUAAGGUAAAUCAUGAUCAAAGAUGAGGACAAGGUGCAAUGCCAUAGUUGGUGCAAUGAAUUAGGGCUCUACUAUUUUCAUGAAGGUCACCUUCAUAGUUAUUAGACAUUGAUCUUUAAAGGUAAAUCAGGAUCAAAGAUCUAUAAGAAAAUGGUGUAAUGGCUGUAUUCCAGCUAUAAAUCAGGUCUUAACCUCGGUGAAGGUCACCUUCAUCCAUGAUCAUUAGAGAUAUUGGUCUCUAAGGUAAAUAAUUUUUUUAAGUGAGGACUAGGUGGAGUGACUGCAUACAGCUACAAAUCUCUCAUUUACUUUGAUGAAGGUUACAGCAUUAUCAAUAUUGAUCUAUAAGGUAAAAUCAUGACCGAAGAUAGGUUAAGUUGCACUGAACUGUCCAGAUACGAAUCAGGGUUUAGUUUUUUUUUUUUUGGGGGGGGGGAAGUCACAUUCACAUAUUGUAUUUACAAUGUGAUCUUUGUGGUAAGUCAUGAUCAAAGAUAGGAUUAAUUGCAGUGAAUUGUCCAGCUGCGAAUCAGGGUUUCAUCUUUUUUGGUGAAGGUCACAUUUACACAUAGUAUCGACAAUGUGAUCUUUAUCAAGUUAAAUCAUGAUCAAAUAUUAGAACUAUGUGCAAUAACCAGUCAAGUUAUCAAUCAAGCUUCUUGUGAGAUCACCUAGAUGAUGAUUAAUUGAGGAAAUAUUUAUGUCAAAUCAGUGAAGAUUCAAUAGCUCCAGUCUAGUUACAGAUUAGUCUAUAUCUGUAUGUUGGUAGUCGCAUAUAGUGUUCACACCAAUAUACUUAGUCUUCCAUCGUUUCACUUCCCUUCACUGACAUCCAGUUUAAUCCUGAUGAUUUUACAACUAUCUCAGAAAAUUUUCAAGCAAGGCAAUAACGUGACUCCCCGACCAUCCCCCCAAAUUGCUUCUCAUUGGUUGCACACCACGUCAGUCAUGGCGCAAUGUCAUAGUCUUACUAUUCAGUGUGUAGAUGUCAUGAAAACACAUCAAUUUCAUGAAUAUUUCAGCAUUUGUGCCCAAAUUUGAUAAGUUUAAUCUUGAUAUGAAAAAUAUUUUCACUCGCAAUGGUUCCAAAAGAGUGAAAUUCAGUGGAUAUGUUUUGAAAAAUAUGGUUAUUUUCAAUUCUAUUUUAACUUGGAGUCAAUACCGAAUUAACGAAAACUACACUCCUUUGCCAAAGAUGCCACCUAUUGAAAGUAAGAACAAAGAAUACCAUGCACCAUACACGCUGGGUAUCAGUUUUGAGGUCAAACGCGAUUUCCAUUCGUAGUUUUUCCUCUCACUCCUAUCACUCUGUUAACAUGCUCAAGACUUUCGAUAUACAAGUUAUUUCAGGCGCAUGAUGUUUUGACUUUUGAAUUCCAUACAAUUUCCCCGAAUUACAGGCCUACCCUCUCCAUGCAAAUGUGACAAGAAUAAGAAUUGAUUUUUGAAAGAACAUUAUGUUUACGCUCAGGACGUGUGUGUUGGCUUGAUAAACUACUGCGUUCUUAUAUUUAGAUGAUAAAAUCAUUUUAGAAUUAGAUUUUGCUUUCAAAAGCGCAACUCUUAUUCUUUAUUUAUUUCAACUUUUUAUCAACAUUUUGUGAUUGUCUUUGAGUUACAGGGUUGUAGCUUGAUGAGGCAUCAAAUGUUCAUCACUCAGAAUGCUUGUGAUGGCCCAAAGCUCUUCUGUAACUGUAGCAAACAACUCAUGCACUGAAUUCCAUCUUGUUUUUACUGAUUGGUUGUUGGGUAAGUUGUGCGGCUCUUUGCUUGGCUGUUAGAGCCUGUGAUGCCACCACAAAAUGUUUAAAGUGUCCUGAUGGACUCACAGCCCCAAAACCCUCUGUAACUCGCCAUUCGAGUCCAAGCCAGCAUUGAGUUGGAAAAUAUGAGCUGCCAAGGGAUGUUCGGUGCAUCAACGGUAGUUCCCAAAGUUUUCUGCUUUCUAGACCUGAAAUUCUGCUUUCUUCUGCUUUUACGAAGUAACCUCAAAUUCUGCUUUCUAAAUUUCUUCACUUUGAAAUUCUUCCAGAGCUCAGAAAAGACACUGAUUUUAGCAUCAUCAACUGCUUAGUGUGUAGUUCAC